GGAGUGGCGGCGCCGGCGCCGAUCGGCGCUUGUAGAUAUCUUCAAUGUGUAACUCUCUCUCCUCGCGUCCAUCACUACUUCGCGAUUGACCUACAGAUCUAUACAUCCUCCUUUACUUUCCUCUUAGCUACUUUCGCAGGCGAUGGCAACGACGGAGAUAAGGAGUGGGCACAUGCGGAGACGGUAGAUCUACCGGAAGCAGAGGAGGAGGUGCAUCUGACGGAUCCACUACCGCCAUCACUUCCUCCUCCUUCGUUACCGAAACCUGCCAUAGCCGCCUUGUCCUUGCUCCAGGACUCAGAGAUCUGACCAAACUUCUCCCCGGAGCUCAAAUCAAACCCGAC